GAAAAGCCCCUAGCUUUAUUAUGAAGCUGCUAGUUGUAAUUUUUGGGCUGUUGUCAAUAGCUUUUAUAUAUUUACUGGAAAAUGGUGGCACGGUCUUUGAGCUAAGCUACUACGUUAGGGGUACUACCGGUGGAACCAUGUUCGGGGUAUUUACUUUGGGCGUACUGCUUCCUUUUGCCAAUUCUAAGGGCGCGUUUCUUGGCGCAAUCGCAUCGGUUUUAUUGAUGGGGGUGAUAGUGGUAAAUAACAGCAUCUACGUCCGAAACGGAUUCAUUCACCAUACCCCAAAAUCGUUGCAUACAUACGGAUGUAACACCACCACCUUCAGCAAUUUCACUUUGAAUGUUACGGCAACACCUCAACCGCCUUCACCAGAAACUUCGUUUUGGUUGUUUCGAGUUUCGUUUCAGUACUUCGAGCUAAUAGGAGCAAUGACCACGAUAGUAAUCGGAGCUGUGGUCAGUUGGGUAACUAAAACGGAAGAUAACCAAGUGAUUAAUCCAAAACUUCUCACGCCCAUUGUACGCAAAUACUGUAGACCAGUACAGGAGGCACAAGACCAAGAAAUUGGACCUCUUAAAGAAACUGUUAAAAACGUGGUAUCUGGGGAUGAUUAGUGACUAUGGGCACACCAGAAUUUAAUCAGUUUCGUUGCAAACUGCCAUGUUCUCACUUCACUUGUUUAGUUUAAACAAAUUAAUUAAUUUAUAAAAUACUUCGUAUACUAAAGUAUAUCUAACAACUUAUUGAACAUUUGCGGGUGACCAGUGUGAACCCAAUUUUCGCUUCCGGUCUAAUACGCCACAAUGGCACAGAUACUUUAUACAUACCUGUCUCGUGAUUACUAUAAGAAACAAACAACGAAAUAGAAUACAGAAUAAAUAGUAUACCGUA